GAAAAAGUUGUAAGUAUUAAUGCUUCAAUAAUAGAAGCAUCCAUAUUAUACUAAAACAUUGUUAAUUUCCGUUUGGACCACUCAUAAAAUCGUGUGCAAAAGUGUAACUACAGCUGUCAAAUUUUAGAUAGGCAACAGUGAAGAUGAUGAAUCCACAAUACCCGCCCCCCGGGCAGAACAACAACGCACCAAAUAAUCCCUUAGGCUUUCCUCCUUCCCAAGAUUUCAACGGCAUGCAAAAUGCUAACUUUAGUCAAAUGCCACCAAACGGUCCGCCAAUGGGUAAAGACGACAUGUCACAGAAAAUGCAAAACAUGAACCUCAAUGGUCCACAAGGUUUCAAUAUUCCUACAUCACAACUGCCCCCUGGCCAGUUUCCGCCAAAUUUCCCUCCGACAUCUAAUUUUAAUGCACAAGGACCUCCGCAGCAGUUCCCACCUGGUAGACCGGCAAGCAAUGCUUCGCAGUUCCCACCUUCGAUGGGUGCACCGCCGUCAUCCGCUCCGGGUUCUCAAUUUAAUCAGCCCCAAAUGCCACCUACGUCAAUGCAACCUCCCAAACCAAUGCAGCAAGGCAUGCCUCCUUUUGGUCAAGGCCCGCCAACUAGUCAACCCGGCAUGAAUCAGCAGCAAAUGAGACCGCCGGGUCAAGGACCACAAGGUUCUCAAAUGCCGCCAGGUCCAGGCUUCCAAAAUCGUCAAUUACCUAGUCAGGGUCAAAAUUUUUCGCAAGCAAAUUCCAUGCCCGGCUCGCAACAGCCGCCAUCGAGUCAACCUGGCUUACAAGGGCCACCUCGACCUGAAUCUCAAGGACCUCAACCUAAUUUUCCACAAACCGGACAAGGAAUGCCACCAAGUAAAGGCGGCUUACCACCUCCACCUGGUUCUCAAGCGCAAUCCGGCCAACCUCCACAACAAGGUCAUCCAGGCAUGCCUCCACAACCUAUUACGUCACAACCUAACAUGCAACGACAAGGUGGCAUGCCACCACAACCAGGCAUGCCUCUUCAACAAGCGCAAUCACAGUCAGGCAUGCCACCGCAACCUGGUAUGCCACCACAAACGGCUUAUUCGCAAGCUGGAAUGCCGCAACAACCAGGCAUGCAACCACAACAUGGCAUGCCGCCACAACCAGGCAUGCCGCCACAACCAGGCAUGCCGCCACAACCAGGCAUGCAACCACAACCUGGCAUGCAACAACAACCUGGCAUGCAACAACAACCUGGCAUGCAACAACAACCUGGCAUGCAACAACAACCUGGCAUGCAACAACAACCUGGCAUGCAACAACAACCUGGCAUGCCACCACAACCUGGCAUGCAACAACAACCUGGCAUGCCACCACAACCUGGCAUGCAACAACAACCUGGCAUGCCACCACAACCUGGCAUGCCACCCCAACCGGGCAUGCCACCACAACCGGGCAUGCCACUGCAGCCAGGCAUGCCACCACAGCCAGGAAUGCCUCCACAACCUGGCAUGCAACCACAGCAAGGCAUGCAACAACAACCUGGCAUGCCUCCACAACCUGGCAUGCCACCUUCAUCGCAAUACAAUCAGUUCCAAUCGGCGCAGCUUCCCGGAAUGCCACAUAUGCCGCCGCCAUUGUCGCAACAAAGACAGUAUCCCGGACAAAACCAGCCCGGUUAUGGAGCGCCGCCCGGACCACCCGGACCACCCACUAACGCUCAAUAUCCAGGCAUGCCACCGAUGCCGCAACAAGGCUACCAACCCAACUCUGGGUACCCCCCACAACAGUUCCCGGGACAACAACCAAGCUAUGGACAACAGUUUCAACAGCCGCCGCAGAAACGGCUCGAUCCCGAUCAAAUGCCUAGCCCAAUUCAAGUAAUGGCCGACGAUCAACAAAAUCGCAGCGGAGUGUUUGUGACGAAUGACAAGGGUCUGGUGCCACCGCUAGUGACUACAGACUUCAUUGUUGACGAUAAGGGAAAUGCUAGUCCAAGAUUUAUCCGCAGUUCGAUGUAUAGUGUGCCCGUCACAGCUGACUUGCUCAAACAGACGGCAAUGCCCUUCUGUUUGGUGAUCGCACCCAUGGCGGAUACAGUGGGUUCAGAACCCGAACCACCACUAAUAGACUUUGCAGCUCUAACCGGCUCAGCCAGUAUGGGCCCAGUUAGAUGUAGCAGGUGUAAAGCGUACAUCUGCCCUAAUAUGAAGUUUAUUGAUGCUGGAAGACAUUUUAAAUGCGCCUUCUGUAAGGCUACCACGGAAGUACCAAUGGAGUACACGCAAUACAUAAACACAAUGCAGCAAUACGGACGCGUGCCCGCAGAGAUGGCGCUCGGUGCGUACGAGAUCGUCGCCACUGAACAGUAUUGUCGGAACAACACUUUACCCAAACCGCCAGCGGUUAUAUUUGUGAUCGAUGUGUCUUACAAUUCGGUGAAGAGCGGCCUCCUGACCACCAUCUGUGACAAUAUCAUGGAUAUUAUUGAGUCGAUGCCAAAGGACGAGCAGACGGGUGAAUGCAAGACGCGCAUCGGUUUCAUCACAUACAGUUCAACUGUUCAUUUUUAUAACAUUAAAGAAUCGCUAGCUGCCCCACAAAUGCUCUCCGUGGGCGACGUGGGCGACAUGUUCGUGCCCCUGCUGGAGGGACUGCUGGCUCCAGCAGCUCCCACACCAGUCAUCAAGACACUCCUGGAACAGCUGCCCAUCAUCUUCGCUGAUACGAAGACCACGGAGAUCACGCUGUUACCAGCUGUACAGGCGGGUCUAGAAGCACUGAAAGCGGCGGACACCAGCGGCCAGCUGCUCGUCUUCCACACCUCACUGCCAACUUACAAUGCACCCGGAAAACUCAUUAAUAGGGAGGACAGGAAAUUACUGGGAACCGAUAAGGAGAAGCAGAUUUUGGCCCCACAAACAACAGCGUACAACGAGCUUGGCCAAGCGUGUUCCGCUGCGGGUGUGUGCGUGCAGCUGUUCGUGUGUAACAACGCGUAUGUGGACGCGGCCACUAUUGGCCAAUUAGCCAGGUUAACUGGCGGACAGAUGCACAAGUAUACUUACUUUACGGCGGAACUAGACGGCCCGCGUCUCGUAUGGGACGUGCGUCGAGUGCUAACACGCAACACGGCGCACGACGCUGUGAUGCGCGUGCGCACGUCCACAGGAGUACGGGCUACCGACUUUUAUGGACACUUCUUCAUGUCCAACACUACGGAUGUCGAGCUGGCUGCUAUUGACUCGGACAAAGCGAUAGGCGUAGAAAUAAAACACGACGACAAGCUAACAGGCGAAGAUGGCGUGUACAUACAAGCUGCACUACUUUACACGCAUCGUUCUGGCUCCCGACGCCUGCGUGUCAUCAACCUGGCGCUGGCGGUGGCCCAUCAGCUCGCGGAUGUUUAUAGGGCUGCGGAGUUGGACACAAUGGUCAACUUCUUGACGAAACAAGCGGUAUGGGCGCUCCGCGAAGCAACGCCCCGCGCAGUGCGCGAAGGCCUGACGGCUCGGUGCGCGCGGUCGCUCGCCGCGUACCGGCGGCACUGCGCCUCGCCCUCCUCCGCCGGACAGCUCGUGCUGCCCGAGUCCAUGAAGCUGCUGCCGCUGUACACCAGCUGUCUGCUGAGAUCUGACGCUGUGGCGGGAGGCCCGGACCUGACGUGCGACGACCGGUCGUGCGCGAUGUACCGCGCGCUGGUCGCGGACGUGUGCUCGUCGGUCGUGUACACGUACCCGCGCCUGCUGCCGCUGCACGCGCUGCCCGAGCGGCCCGCGCCGCUGCGCGCCACUGUGGACAAGCUGGCCGAGCGCGGCGUGUACCUGCUGGAGAACGGCGUGCACAUGUUAAUCUGGAUCGGCUCGCAAGCGUGCCCGGAGUUCGUGCGCGACGUGUUCGGCGAGCGGCUCGACGCACAAGUCUGCGAGCUUCCCGAACGGGAUAAUGAGAGAAGUCGCGCUGCAAGGGAGCUAGUGCAGAGUGCUAGGGAGCUCCGCAGGAGUGCUAUGCGGCUAACAAUAAUGCGCCAACACGACAAGCUCGAAGCCGUGUUACGUCACUUCCUCGUGGAGGACCGCGGCGUGGACGGCAGCUCCAGCUAUGUGGACUAUCUGUGUCAUAUACAUAAGGAAAUACGCAACUUGCUAUAGCGGUAAAACUUGUAAAAGUAAACAAUUUUAUUACAGAUUUUUUAUUUUUUAUUUUGAGGGUACUUGCUAAGAAAAUGUUGGGGGUAGUUGAUGAUUUAGUAUACCUUCACCCGAUUUAAACUGUGACGGUAGUUGUUAAUACAGUAUGUCAGCGUAUCGAAUAUAAAACAUAGUGGGAGUGGUUAUUUUUGUUGGAAAUUUAAUUAUUUUACCCUCAAUAUAUUUAAAUAUUUUCCUCCCCCCGUUUUUAAUUUUAAAAGCGUACUUUCUCAAUUUGUCAAAUGUUUCUACUUAAAUAAACAAAAUAGGUGUUUCUAUAAAGCCCUACUUUCAAGACUUAUUUGCGUUCGUAAUUUUAAUAAUAAAAAGGUUGAUGUAAAGGUGCGUUGCGACUAUGAAAUUCAUUAGGGGAUCAUUUUUAAGACCCUCAGAAAAUAUUUUGACUCUAAUUAUUAUAGCGUCAAUAAUAUAAUAAAACAAUAGGUUAUUUCAGGGGUACUUUCUCUGACUCUAAAUAAACUUUAUAAAGAAAUUUAGGGUUCCGUAAGUCUGUUUUGACUCCGUGUGUGUAAUACGCUCGGAUAUAAAUAAUAUGUAAGGCCAUAAACUCGAAAAUUGCGAUUAACGAAAAAACGAUUUUUCCAUUAAACUCUUGAUAUUAGACUUUUAAAUUGUAAUUCAUAAUAUAUUUUUCGUUUAGUGGAAAAAUCUUUGUGCUAUGUAAUGAUUUUUUUUUCAUAUAAUUUAAACAGUAUGGAAAAUAUGUAUUUUUUUAUUUUGUCAUUUCAAUGGAAGCAACCGAUCAAUUAUAAUGUGUGAUCGUGAUCUUAUGUUAGAAAUAAAUAUUAUAUUCAAAAUAAAGGCUUGUUCACACUAUUUUUGUAUUGUAGUAUAUAUUAUGGAUAAUAAAAUCUUGACAUAAUUAUUAUCUUGUCUGGUUACAUUUUACUUACAAAACAGACAAAUGCUAAAAAUCUUCAAAUAUUCUUCAAUGAUAUAAUCUACUUUUGAACUUUGUUGUUUUUAACUUUUCAAUAAUACAAACAAAUAGUGUGUUCAAGCCUUUAAAUGUUACUAACUGUAUUUUAAUUGUAUUAUUAAGGGAGAUUGAUAAAUUAUAGCGCUGUUCUUGUAAAUAAUAUAAUAAUUGGAUAGAAAUUGUGUGGAUUAAAUCGAGUCAGGUGUUUAUGUUGGUUGUAAUUUUUGACUAAUACCACAUAAAUUAUAUUAACAGAAAUAUACACUAGAAAUUAUACUAUAUAUUAUAUGAAAUAAUCUUUGUUCUUGGAGAAAAUUGUCUCAAAUAAUAAGUAGAGACAAACAUUAUGUCAUGUAAUUCAUUCAACGUAAACACCUGACCCAAAGAAUAUUAUUUUAGAAUUUUAGCCUUAUUACACAUGAAUUUAAAAUACAAUAUAAUUAAAAACAAAUAAAAUAUCCCUUUGUAUUAAUUUCAAGUGUAAUAAACUAAUAAUAAUGAAUGCAUAAACCACAUUAUUUUGUAAUGUCAAUUUUUGUAUCGAUACAAUUGUAUUACAAUGUGCACUGGACCUUAUCGUGAUGUCAAAUGUAUUUAGUGUAGAGUUAUUCAAUUAUAUUAGGUGUAAAGUAUGAUUGGAGUGUAAAUAAAUAUUGGCAAUAUGUUA